CGCACUUGAUAAACUGCUAUACGUAUUAUUUUCAAUGUUCUGUUAUCUAUGUUAAUACAGACAGAGGCAGUCGGGUCAAUACAAAAACAGCAGGGGUUGGAAUGUCACCAGAACACAUCAACAGCACAGCACUGCUAAAAAUAACUGGAAAAGUCUCAAGUCUCCACCCAGUGCUGCAAAGAUCAAUGUUGUGUGUUACGUAUAGGGAUAUGACCUGUAUUGAACGGAAGUGCGUAUGAACAGUAAAACAUUACACAAUCCUUAUUCAAAUGAAGAUUUUAUGGAUGAGAUGCUCAGACUACAAUGCCAAAAUGUAAGAAAGGGUGUGGAAAGUGAGUUGACGUGGUUCUAUUCAAUGUGACAAGGUUGACAGUCAAAUAAAAUGAAACCACACCCAUUCAUUCCACAGGUUGUAAUGUACCACACCUGUGCAGUAUAUAACGUGUGACAUCGCAAAUAAGGUGCAGUAUCACCUCCUAAGACAAAUUAAUCUCAGUACUUGCUUGUUCAUGAUGAAUCAACUGAUCCUUUCUCUGACGAUCGUCUGGGCUCUCUUCAGCACAGGUAAUUGUAAUUAUCUUAUUGUUAUUAUUUAAUUAUAAUCAUUUAAUUGUAUGUAUUUAAACGUAAUUAUUUAACUGUAUAUAUUUAAUUGUUGUAAUGUAUUGCAUAAAGAAACUACUGAAAAUACAAACAACUGAACAUAUGAAAUUGAUGAUUGGUUUCUCACUGAAAAGAGAUCAUUUAAAUCGAGAUUUAUUUCAAUUAACAGACAGGGUUCAACGAAUUUAAAUGAUGAUUGAAAUUAUAUAAUAAUUAACCAAAGAGUUACCCUCUUUGGUUAAUUUUUUACAUUUUUGGGAUUUUAUUAUUAUUCAGUCAGUAAACAUUUUAGAAGUCCUAAUUAGUAGGAAAUAUAUAUGACCAAAAUAUAAGUGUAGUGGAGUAAAGAAUAACAGAUCCCUUUGAAAGAGGACAAGAUUGUGUUAUUUAAAAUCAUUUAAAAAUGAAGGGGAAUGAGUACAAGAACAGGACUUUUCAGUCAUUACAAACCAUCGACACCAAUGCGAAAAUGUAAUUUGAUAUUUGGGAUAUGAUCAGCAUAUAAUUUUCUUCUUUCUCUCUAUUGCAGUUCGAGCACUUCAGUGUUUGACUUGCACAGAUGCACAGUGUUCAACAACAAUACGAGUCGCAUGUUCCCCGCAGACGAUGUGCAUCACAGCCUCCAUUAUAGCAACUUCAUCUGGAUCACCAGCACAGCAAACAGUCAAGGCGUGUGCAUCAUCCUCCCUGUGUCCAGCCACAGGCUCUCAGACAUUUUCAGCCAACUUGGGUGUUGCAGGCGCAGUUGCAUCUGCUAAGUGCUGCAACACAGAUAAUUGCAACGCUGAAACUCUACCGGUCCCUGGCAGUCAGACAGAUAACAGCCUACGAUGCCUCAGUUGUGACCCCUUUACCUCUCAAUGUAAUACUGUAACAACGUGUAGGGGAGAGGAGAACCAAUGCUUUCAAGCAAGUGUGACAAGUGAAUCCAGAACUUCUCCAGCCUUUGGCCUGUGCAUCUACAAACCUGUGUGCAGCUGCUGCCAGCCUGGGUAGCAUUCCUUUCUUGCAAAGCG